AAGCGCGCGCAGCUUCCUUGGGACCGCGGAGAUAUUCAGCCUCAAGCACCGAAAUCUAGUACACCACCCAGUCUCUCCGGAAAUGCUUAUUUUCGACCCGUCUGUUUCGCAUGCGACAAAAGGUCAACCGAGGCUUCUCCGAGGCCUUUGGCGUUGCCCGAAAGGACGAUGAUCACAACUUUGUCCUCGGCUGGCUGUUCGCAAUGGUCGCAUGCACAGUCUACACGAGAGAUUGGUCUCACAGAACUUCGCCCCGUAAGCACUACAAAGUUCCAAUAAUUUGCACGAUGUUGGCGACUACAGCAUUUCAAGAUGUGUCAAAGAUUGUGCAGGUCAAGCAUCUCCACAGAGAGAUAAUUUGUUCAUGUGUUGACAUCUCCGCUGGAAAGAUGCCGGAUCCACAUGGGAAAGCCGAGCCCCCACACCAAAUCCAGCCUACCCGGUCCGGCCAGGAACAUUUCUUAGUGGCAUCAAGGCCCGCUUACUCCCUUGCCACACAUAUCGUGCGCUAUCCCCAAUACGAACGUCAAAGAUAAGGUCGCAUGCGAGUGUGUAAAGUAAUUCGAGAUGAUCAGAGCCUGGCGUUCGAUGAGAGCUAGGAUGAUGACGGAAUGCAUGAUUCGAGGAUUUCCCCACAGAUCGAGGUAGAGUUUCCGCGGUAUUACCAUUUAGCGACUGACGUUGACUACAACGUUGACUGGUCCCACUAGCUGAUUGAAGGGUGCCACUACAUUCUUAGAACACGUUGGGUUUGACUCAGUAUCUGCGA